AUGACAAAUCUAAAAAAUUGAAGAUCAGUAUUUUUGGUAGAGAAAGUGCUGGGAAUAUGAGCGCAACAACUCUGGCUUUACCGUCGGCCGGGGGAGCAGCCUCAGCCUGUUCCCCCCUCAAUCGCGCCACCACCGCAAUGACCACCAACAAUUUCACCACGACGAAAUUACUUUUUAAUCCAUCAUCAUCUUCUUCUUGUUCUCUAUGUGUGGCUGCUCCUCAUAGCAAGAUUAAUAAUGAUAUGAUGAUUAUCAGCUCCAACAUUAAACACCACCGCUGCUCCACUACCUCAGCUAGUAUAACGACAAGUGGGAAAACAAAUAGGCUGAUUUCAUGCAAAUCGGCUAUAUCAUCUUUGUCCUCUUCGUCAAUAACAGUCACAGAAGGAGAAGACGAAGAAGAAGAGGAACAAGCUGAGAAGAAAAUUGGGGCGAGGGUUAGGGUGAAGGUUCCUCUGAAGGUGUACCACGUGCCUCGAGUGCCGGAAGUAGAUCUGACUGGGAAAGAAGGUAAUCUCAAGCAGUACGUCGCUCUCUGGAAGGGCAAACGAAUUUCCGCAAAUCUUCCUUACAAGGUGGAGUUUACGAUGGACAUUGAGGGACGUGGCCCUGUCAAAUUCUUUGCCCAUCUCAAGGAGGACGAGUUUGAGUACCUUGAUUAGCAUUUUACAAUUCAAUAUGCUUUGCUUCUUCUUCCUCUGUCAUACCAGGCAAAUACUUUUACCUCCCCUCUCUCUCAAUAUAUCAUUAUAUUAACUUGUCAAAUUAAUGCAGUGUUAUAUGUAUUUAACAUGCUUAAUUAUUUUGCUAUUCUACACUUUCUUGGUAUGUAUAAAUAUAAGAAAUUCAUAACCGCUUCCUUCUAUGACCCAAUUUCGGGACAUCAGU